AUGGAGAAAGUGAAAAGUGCUGAGCGGGCAGCCAUUAUCAAGAGUCGGCCGAACAGUGAGCAGAAAAAUGGAGGAACCACCAUGAACAGCGACGGUACGCCGCGGAUCACACGACCAUCGGCGAUUUUCCUCCAACAGCACGGUGGGCCUAAGGCGAGCGAUACCACGGGUCCCACGGUCGGUCCGACCGUGCCGAAGCUGCCGGAUCGCGGUGACGGAGAGGAAGAGGAUAAGCAGGUGGCACAAGAAGAAGAAGAAAAGGAAGCUGGAGGGGACGACGAGCUGGAAAAUCAAUACUUCUUCGAAGAUGAGAUAUUCUGCUUUAGCCCCAAAACCGGUCGCGUCAAGUUCGGGUUGGUGCUAGAAAACUAUGAUGAAAGCGAAGAGGAAACGGCCCCGGAGGAGGAUGCACUGAAGCGGGGCGAGAUCCGGGCCUGCUGGCAUCCGCAAGGUUACGAUGAAAUCAUCAAGCAGCGCAAGGUUGGCCUCGUGGACCGGACGCUGAUGCCGGGUGAUGUCGUGCGCCGCAUGGUGCCAGGCCGUGACACGCAGCGCGGCUACUGUCACGAGAUUUCCGUGCGGGCCGAUUUGCGAAUCGCCGGUACGAAGUAUGUUGUGCGGAACGUGCCAUCGGAGCGACUACGGCCAUUGCUCUCGAUGCCGAAGGAUAAUGCCGUAUGUCUGGAUUCGUGGGUCGGCAGCACAAAGCAAAUCAAUGAAAAGCUGGUUUUGAAAUCUUCCUGUGGCUCGUUGGUGGAACUGUGCCCGGUGAACGAUCUCUGUCUGCUGCGCGAUCCUAACAUGCGCUUCCGAACGGGUUACUUCUCAGAGACGCUCUUCUAUCCUGGCCAGCAGCUGGCGGGUCCGAUGAGCGAGCUGGUUAACGGCAAGUGGUUGACGACGUCGAACGAAAUGAAGUAUAGUCGCAAAAAUUGGUCCCUCGAGCGUCGUUUCACCGUGCAGUCGGUGGAACUGCAGGGUGUGACCGUGCACUGGCAGUGUAAGGGUGCCGGUGAAGAUCUGGAACUGUUGAAGGAGGAUGCUGGCAUCGGGAUACUGCAACAACCACCAGACUACGUGACCGGCGACGAUCUGAAACGGCUAAAGAAGCUUAACCUGUUUGAGUCUUGCAUGCUGCAAAUCAACGACAAAAACUAUUUAACCCUAGAGGAGAGGGAUGUGAUAUGUGUGAAGAGUGCCUGGAGGAAGGAGAUGACCAGCCGGUAUCGGAAGCUGCUACCGGAAAGGUUCGAUACUACCACUGCCAGGCCAGCGACGGAUGAUGGUGUGGAGAAGGCUCCCUCGAAGCUACUUUCAACCACCACCGAUGCGCCGCCGAAGGAACGAUCGCGAAAGAAGCUGUCGGUGCGAGGUAUACCGAAAGACAGCGGGAACGGGCAUGUCGGUGAAAGCGACGAAUGGGAAACGGAUGAUGAGGACGGUGGAGAUCAGUCGGAUGGGGCGGGCUCCAAUUGUUCGACAACGACACCCAAGACGAGCCCGAAAAAAUCUCCAUUAGUCACCAGGCGAGUUCGCAAGCUGAAGCGCAAACAGGCUGGCGGCUGCGGUGAUCGAUUCCCGGCCGCCGGAGAAGAGGUGGUGACCGAGGCGUUGGUUGUUUACAGCGCUGCCACGGUGGUGUGGCAAGAUGGGACGAUCGAGUCGAACAUCCCGUCGACGGAGCUACGGCCCAUCCACCACCUGGACGAUCACGAGUUCUUUCCCGGUGACUUUGUGCUGGCUGGCAACACGGACCCGGCCAUGAACCCAUCGUUUCGUGAUUACGGUGUGAUACAGAAUGUGGACCACCGAGGCCGCACGGCGCGGGUUAAGUGGUUCAGCACGUACACGUGUACCGCCGAACCGCAGCCGACGUACAGUGGCGAGUCGGAGGUUAGCGUGUACGAUCUGAAGGACCACCCGGACUUCCAGUAUCGGCCCGGUACGAUCGUGAUCCGGGUGGCUAACUUCAGCGGCGACGAAGGCGCACAAGGAUCGACGGCCGGUCAGGUUGUGGACAACUACACCAACGGCAUGGUGAAGGUGUGGUGGGUUGACGGGCGCGUUAGUAUGUGUUGGCCGCAGGAUAUCUUCGAGGUGGGACAGUACGAUGGAGAGAACAACUUCUGGGGUAGCGUCGAGUCGGACAACAACUCGUGGGAAACCGAAGACGAGACGUCCGAGUUUGGCGACAAUCCGUCGCCGCUCGUCUCGAAAACGAAGCUGGCGGCAAACCUCGAACGAGCCCGGGUCGCGAUCGGGCGACUCGAGGAGCUCUUCAACGUUAACCCACACGUCCAGAAUCAAGAGAUCAUGCGGAAGCUAAUGAUGGUGUACAAGAAGUGCCGUCACCUGGACCGGCUGAUGAAUACGAGUUUCUUUCACGAGCAGCACUUUAUGGGGCUGGUCGAGCGGGUCCGCAAGUCCAACAAUCAAACCACGGCCGAGCGGGUGCAGGAUCAAAAGGCCCGUUUGUUCAAUCAAACUCCCGGCUCGAAAACUUCCACGCCGGUGGCCGAGGGACCGAACGGUAGCGUGGAACGAGUGGCGCUCAUUGCGUGUCGAUCCCUUUUCAGCCCGAUCACGCCCGACAGCACCGCCAGUGGUGAGUGCGGCGAGGAAGUGGAAGGUGUCAAUGAGAAGAGCAGCGACAAUGCCACCCUGCUCAAUAUGGAGCUGGACUUUGUGAACAACGUGUGUAUGAGCAUGAACGAGGAGCUGAAUAACACCACCUCGGUGUUCGAUCUUGCCAGCGGCAGCGAACGACGUGAAGAGAGCGAAGAAGCGGAAGAGGCGACGGACAGGGAAUCCGUUCCGGCCAGGCUUUGCUCGCUGCUAAAGGUUCAGCUACGCCACGUGCUGGAAAUGAUCAACACACGGUACUGUGAGGGAUGUGCUCCUAAUGUGGCCUUCAAGGAGAUCGUAACGAUCGUCGAGAUGAACAUACCGGAGUCGGUGUCGGUUCCUGCUUCGCCCCUCGCAGCCACCCCGGGCACACCGAGUGAAGCACCGCCCGGCUCGGAACUGAUGUCACCGGCCCUGGAGGACAACAAUCUCACGCCGCCACCGGUGCCGGCGGAGCGGUUCCAAAUCGUGGAAGCAGCGCCAACUUCGCACAAGUAUCACCUUACGGUGUUUCAAACAAGCAACGCACAAACUUUCUACAAGGCGGUCCAGCGCGAGCACUGGCUGCUGCGGACGGGGCUACCGCCCGGGGUUUGGGUGCGCAGCUUCGAGGAUCGGCUCGACCUGUUGAGCGUCAUGAUCGAGGGCCCACAGAACACACCGUACGAGGGGGGCCUAUUUCUGUUUGAUGUGCAGCUUGGCAUGAACUACCCACGUGAGCCGCCGCUCUGCCACUACAUCAGCUACUGUUGCGAUCGACUGAACCCGAAUUUGUACGAGGAUGGUAAGGUGUGCGUUUCGCUGCUCGGCACGUGGUCCGGCCGUGGGUCUGAGCUGUGGUGCCCCACAAGCACCCUACUGCAGGUGAUCGUUUCCAUCCAAGGGUUGAUUUUGGUGGCCGAACCGUACUUCAACGAAGCUGGCUAUGAGAAGCUGCGAGGUUCACAACAGGGAAAGGAAAACUCGCGAAUGUAUAACGAGAUGGUGUUGCUGAAACUGGUGCAGUCGAUGACCAAAAUGAUGGCGAAUCCGCCCAAGCUGUUCCGCGAACAAAUACUGGAACAUUUUCGCACGUGUGGUCACCAGAUGCACCAGCGAAUCCGUGCUUGGAUGGAACUGUCGAACGACUACAAACGUCAGGGUACACCGAUGGAGGACACAGGUGUGCAUAUACGGCACGAGAUGCCAGCGCCCCUCGUGGCACCACAGCUACAAGCAACAAGCGAUUCGUCUGCUCCCGGCCACCGCGAUGCGGUGGAAACGGUGAGUGAGACGCAAACAGCUGGCGAGGCCAUUGCUUCGCCUGACUUUCCCCUGAUACCGGCCAGUCGUGGGUUUUGCCUAACGCUUACCGGUCUGCUGGACUCAUUCCAAAAGCAGCUGCAACAGUUAUCGAACGAUGGUAAAUAGCUCGACUCGUACAUCUUGGCCUGGGGCUUUCGUGUGGGUUGGGGUGAUUACCGUUUUAGGAUAAUGAUACUGGUACCAGGUUCCAUUCGGCACUAGUAGAAGGGUUGCAGGAAAGAAAUCUAUUGAUACUCAUUCUUCCGCGUACUAGUCGCGCUGCAGCUGCUACGGAAUAAAGCAGUGAGCGGGAGUUUCAGAAUUGCUGCUGAUGGCGAAGUAUGGGUGGUUAUUUUGAGUUGAUGAUUUUGAGAAUUGCCGGUUCCGAUUUCAUCCGCAUCUUGAUUUGGAUACACGCUUGCUAUUAUUAUUAUUUGGAUUAGCUACAUUAGAAAUAUUAUUAGUCGUUCUCAUGUUACUAUUUUUAUUGUCAUUGUUAUUUGUGUCAUUUUUUGCUGUGGUCGUGUUCCUGUAAUUGCGAGUGGAGCUCGAUGUUUGAAUGCGUACACAAUACUCUUGUGCGUGCGAAGUGCGUUGUGAUUUCAUUCGUUACCUCUAACUGCUUACAACGGUAUACGUUAACCUUGUUAUUUGAAUGUACUCAGUCCGUCGUUUAAACAUAUCGCGCUUGCGCCAUUUCCUUUUGUUGAGCUAAUUAUAAGCGUUAUAUUUUGAGCUUACACAUUUCGUCUCAUACGUCACGAGCGCACAAUUAUGUAUACGUGGUAUGUGUUUAAGUAUUAUUCUUCGCAAAUUUAUUUGCUAAACUUUCUACGCCAAAACGCUUUGCUAGAUAUCGAACCCCGGCUACCCGAUUACCGAUCCCGCGCCAACAUUCCGCGCGAGAACUAUGCUACGGUAUGUUUGCUCCACGUGUACGCACGGUGCAUGUGCAAUACAGGAAUAAAAGGUGUAUAGAAAAAUCGCGAAGUCUCGUUAAUGCUGUGCCUACAUUAAAUCAAUUAGUAACCUACACCCCGCAAGUUGAUCAGCGAAGAAAUGAACGAGAAGAUCACCGUGGAAGCUGGACAAUUCACUGAAAAGAAAGUAGCAAAUAAUUGGAAAAGCUUUUCUAAUACCAGGUUAGAACCUUACAGGCCACGUUCGCAAAGUAGUUGCUGUAAUCGGAUGAGAGUUUUACGACAAAAAUCAAAAUCCCUGAACCUAUUUCAAGAUAAGAAGAAGAAGGAAUCGCAGUGAGCGAUUCGAAAUAGAAUAGCAAGUUUGCUACUUAAACUAAACUGGGUUCGUGGUCGAAAUUAGACAAGGUACAAUGGUGCGUCACCUUAAACACGCACAGCUGCGCAGCUGAAACUUACGAAACUUGAAAGCAAACUCUGAAAACGAAAUGAAAAAUCACAAUCCGAGCCCAUUUUAGCUGGAAUAGCCGAUAGGUUAGAUCGUUGAACGGAAAUGCUCGUUGUUAACCGUGCGAAACAACGAUGUUCCACAAUAAGGGAGCAUUCAAACUCUUUAAUCGCUCUGCCACCGCCUAUCAGCUCGCCGAGAUUGCUCGCCGUUGACCACAAGUUGGUAAGGAAAAGAAAAGACUGCUGAAACGGGUGAGAACCCUAGAUCGAGUGGCAGGAAUCUCCGUGUACACACCGUGCUGGCGGUAGCUUCGUUUCGUCGCCUGUAGGUACCGUUCACUGUGACCCUCAACUGUUAAAACAUGCACGAUCCGACCACUUGAAGUUAAAGCUGUUCACAAUCUGCACAUACAAAGUAGCAUUUUAAAGAGCCAGAGCCAAGGUACUUCCUGUUGCAAGGAUACUACUGUUAUUCCCUUCGUCCACUCGAACCCAAACCUAAACACAUACCUUUAUCAAGCAAGAGGCCGGAUACCGUUUGUUGGCAAAGAAUAAUUGUAUAAAACACACACAGGCACAGACAGAACCACUAUGAAACAGUUAAAACUUUUAAAGGGUAAUAGCAUCGGUUGGUGUAUUUAGUUUAGUUUUCCAGGUUCACUCGUAGAUUUCUGCCUAUCCAUCGAACGGCGUUUCUACGUUGUCGCGGUUCAAUGCUACGCUUCCAGCAGCGCUCGGGCGCGGUCGGGUCAGGCACGGAUCUAGAAUCCUACGCCUCUUUGCAAGAUAGCCCAACCCAUUCAGCCGAUAGCGGGAUGAUAUGGAUAGGAAGGAAACCGAAAUGGUACGUUGGUGAAGUGGAGACGAGCAGUGUGAAAACAAUCGCAAAAAACAGAGCGUUUAGCUUAAUGUUUGUAGCAGAACCA